AUGAAGUUGGGCAAAGUGGAGUUCUGCCAUUUUCUGCAGCUAAUAGCGCUUUUCCUGUGUUUUUCUGGGAUGAAUCAAGCAGAACUCUCAAGGUCUGGAUCAAAGCCCUAUUUCCAAUCAGGGAGGUCCCGUACCAAGCGCAGCUGGGUGUGGAAUCAGUUCUUUGUGUUGGAGGAAUACAUGGGCUCAGACCCCCUCUAUGUAGGAAAGCUUCACUCUGAUGUUGAUAAAGGAGAUGGUUCCAUCAAAUACAUCUUGUCAGGCGAAGGGGCGAGUUCCAUUUUCAUUAUUGAUGAGAACACGGGGGAUAUUCAUGCGACCAAGAGACUGGAUCGCGAGGAACAGGCCUACUACACCCUCCGAGCCCAAGCACUGGACAGGCUUACCAACAAGCCUGUGGAGCCUGAGUCUGAGUUUGUGAUCAAAAUCCAGGAUAUCAAUGACAAUGAACCCAAAUUUUUGGAUGGCCCAUACACAGCAGGAGUUCCUGAAAUGUCUCCUGUAGGGACCUCAGUGGUACAAGUGACAGCCACAGAUGCUGAUGAUCCUACCUAUGGUAACAGCGCCCGAGUCGUCUACAGCAUUCUGCAAGGGCAGCCUUACUUCUCAGUGGAGCCAAAGACAGGAGUCAUCAAGACCGCCCUUCCAAACAUGGAUAGAGAAGCAAAAGACCAGUACUUGCUUGUCAUUCAGGCAAAGGAUAUGGUUGGUCAGAACGGAGGCCUGUCAGGAACUACAUCAGUCACCGUGACCCUGACUGAUGUCAACGAUAACCCUCCCCGCUUUCCUCGAAGGUCUUACCAGUACAAUGUCCCGGAAUCAUUGCCUGUAGCCUCUGUGGUGGCCAGAAUUAAAGCUGCCGAUGCAGACAUUGGAGCCAAUGCUGAAAUGGAGUAUAAAAUCGUGGAUGGUGAUGGGUUGGGAAUUUUCAAGAUUUCUGUUGAUAAAGACACACAGGAAGGAAUCAUUACUAUACAGAAGGAACUGGAUUUUGAAGCCAAAACAAGUUAUACUUUACGGAUAGAAGCCGCAAAUAAAGAUGCUGACCCUCGUUUUCUAAGUUUGGGACCAUUCAGUGAUACAACAACCGUGAAGAUAAUUGUGGAGGAUGUGGACGAGCCCCCCGUGUUUUCCUCCCCCUUUUACCCCAUGGAGGUAUCAGAAGCUACUCAAGUGGGGAAUAUCAUUGGCACUGUUGCAGCUCAUGAUCCAGACUCUUCCAACAGCCCUGUGAGGUAUUCAAUUGACAGAAAUACAGACUUAGAGAGAUACUUCAAUAUUGAUGCCAACAGUGGAGUUAUUACAACAGCCAAAUCUUUGGAUCGAGAGACGAAUGCUGUUCAUAAUAUCACAGUCCUUGCAAUGGAGAGCCAGAACCCAUCUCAAGUGGGAAGAGGCUAUGUGGCCAUCACCAUUCUCGACAUAAAUGACAACGCCCCCGAAUUUGCCAUGGACUAUGAGACCACCGUCUGUGAAAAUGCCCAGCCAGGACAGGUAAUCCAGAAAGUCAGUGCCGUUGACAAGGAUGAGCCAGCCAGUGGGCACCAGUUCUACUUCAGCUUAACAACCGAAGCAACAAAUAACCACAAUUUUACACUCAAAGAUAACAAAGACAACACAGCCUCAAUACUAACCAGGAGGAAUGGCUUCCGGAGACAGGAGCAGUCCGUUUACUAUCUGCCAAUCUUCAUUGUGGACAGUGGGUCCCCUUCCCUCAGCAGCACCAACACCCUCACCAUUCGAGUCUGUGACUGUGAUGCUGAUGGCAUAGCUCAGACUUGUAACGCGGAGGCCUACGUCUUGCCUGCUGGCCUGAGUACAGGAGCCCUGAUAGCAAUACUUGCCUGUGUCUUGACGUUGCUGGUGCUGAUCCUGCUCAUCGUCACCAUGCGAAGACGGAAGAAAGAGCCGCUCAUCUUCGACGAGGAGAGGGACAUCCGGGAGAACAUCGUGCGCUACGACGACGAGGGCGGCGGCGAGGAGGACACCGAGGCCUUCGACAUGGCGGCGCUGAGGAACCUGCACGCCCUCCGCGACGCCAAGACGCGCAGGGACGUGGCGCCCGAGCUGCAGCUGCUGAGCCGGCCGGCGUUCAGGGCCGGCCCGGACAGCGUCCUCUUCCGGGAGUUCAUCUGGGAGCGGCUGAAGGAGGCGGACGUGGACCCGGGCGCGCCGCCCUACGACUCCCUGCAGACCUACGCCUUCGAGGGCAGCGGCUCGGUGGCCGGGUCGCUCAGCAGCCUGGACUCGGUCAGCUCGAGCUCGGAGCAGAACUACGACUACCUCAGUGACUGGGGCCCGCGCUUCAAGCGGCUGGCGGACAUGUACGGCCCGGGCCGGGACGGCGCCAGCUCCUAG